GCUGCAGGGAUUGAAUGUGUCUCGGUCGGAUAUUGUUACUGGACUCAGGCGAGGUGUUCCCGUCAGUGUUUCCAGACGCCGGGAGAUCGCUGCAGCUUGGGCGGGUCUUCAGCUUGCACAACUACCGGCCGCAGCAGCAAAGGAUGAACGGAGCUCUAGGAAAGGUGCUGUGUCCAAGGAAUGAUACCAUUUUUAAGCAAGUCUUUUCUCUCUUAAGAUUCAGAACUUCAGGAGAAAAUCCCAUCUGUUCUGCAGGUGGCAUUCUGUUGAGCACCAGUCGGCACUACAAGACAAAGCCUACCCAUGGCAUUGGAAGAUAUAAGCACCUAGUUAAAGCCCAGGAGCCCAAGAAGAAGAGAGGAAAAGUGGAAGUGAGACCCAUUAAUUUGGGAACAGAUUAUGAAUAUGGGGUUUUAAACAUUCACCUGACUGCAUACGACAUGGCCGUGGCAGAGAGUUAUGCCCGAUAUGUUCACAACCUCUGCAACCAUCUAUCCAUUAAAGUUGAGGAAAGUUAUGCGAUGCCCACCAAAACCAUGGAGGUAUUGCGGCUGCAAGACCAAGGCAGCAAAAUGUUCUUGGACUCAGUUCUUACCACCCAUGAGCGAGUGGUUCAGAUCAGCGGUUUGAGUGCUACAUUUGCAGAGAUUUUCUUGGAAAUAAUCCAAAGUAAUCUUCCUGAAGGAGUCAGAUUGUCAGUGAAGGAGCACACUGAAGAAGACUUCAAAGGAAGGUUCAAAGCUCGGCCAGAACUGGAAGAACUGUUGGCUAAGUUGAACUAGCUCAUUGCAAACCCUUUCAAGCCAGGACUGGUGAUAUUGAGUGCCAAGGGGAAGAGCUUCCUGGGUGGUCAAAAUUAAGAAGAUCCUUUAGAUAUUGUAACUACCCAUCCCCAUUAGCCAGGAAUGCCUCCUCUCUUAUAUGGAGGAGUGUUGCCGAUUACCACUUUCCUUUGAGCCAACCUAAGACAUCCUUCAUCUAAUAAAAAUCUGCAGCUGGUGGACA